AUGCGGGAUGACAUUGAAGGAGAACUACUGAACCCUGAAGAGUAUGGACGACAUUUUGAAGGUAAAUGUUCAGGUAUUUUACAAUAUUUGUUAUUUACAGGUGAUAUUAUUUUAUUUCCUGAACAAGCGAAAGAAAUCUACGAGAAUGCGCUGAGGGCUGGUAGUCGACGCGUCAAACGAAAAUUCAUCGGCUCGAGUCUUCGACGGUGGGAUCCGACACGUCCUAUUGUUUACGGCUUCGACGGAUCCCAUACUUCUCGUGAACAACGAAUCAUCGAAUUGGCGCUCGAACAUUGGCAUAAUAUCACUUGCUUGAAUUUCGUUCGUAAUGACAACGCAAACAGUGGAAAUCGUAUUGUGUUCACCGAUGUCGAUGGAUGUGCAAGCAACGUAGGACGGCAUCCACUCGCCGAAGAACAGUUGGUAUCACUUGCACCUGAAUGUAUCCGGCUUGGUGUGAUCGCACACGAAGUGGCACAUGCGCUCGGAUUUUGGCACGAACAGUCGCGUCCGGAUCGAGACCAAUUCGUGAGUGUUCGAUGGGAGAACAUUGACAAAGAUUCUAAAGGUCAAUUCUUGAAAGAAGAUCCAGACGAUGUCGACAAUGGAGGAGUACCUUACGACUACGGUAGCAUUAUGCAUUAUAGGAGCAAAGCAUUCUCUCGUUACGAUGAUCUUUACACAAUCAGCACAUUCGUCACUGAUUAUCAGAAGACUAUUGGACAACGCGAUCAGUUAUCAUUUAACGACAUUCGACUAAUGAAUAAAAUUUACUGUAGUAAUGUUUGUUCACGAAAAUUACCAUGUCAACGCGGUGGAUAUACGGAUCCAAGGAGGUGUGAUCGAUGUCGAUGCCCAGACGGUUUCACUGGACAGUUUUGUGAACAGGUGAUGCCGGGCUAUGGUGCUGUAUGCGGUGGAAAAAUUCAGCUAAACAGUGAAUGGACGAAAUUCAGCAGUCCGGGAUAUCCACGUGAAUUUAAAGAAGGCCAGGAAUGCUCCUGGUUGCUUGUAGCACCACCUGGACAGAUUGUUGAAAUGCAAUUCGUGGGCGAAUUUGAGAUGUACUGUAAGAUUUUUCACACGAGUGGCUUUUUUACGUAUUGCUGUUACGGUACACCGAACACCAGUAUACGUUCAGCAACUACGGAUUUAGUGGUGUUGUUUCGUAGUUUCUAUCGUGGUGGACGUGGUUUUGAAGCAAGGGCUCAUGCGCUGCCCGUUAACGGUCAGUGGGCAGCAUGGACCCCAUGGACACCAUGCACAGCGAGUUGUGGAGCAUGUGGCUCACGAAUGCGGACUCGUGUCUGUCCACACGGAGCAUGCUCUGGUGAACCAGUUGAAAAUCAAGUCUGCAACGCCCAUCCGUGCACAGGACUCUGUGCACAGAGAAAAACGAUAGAUGGUGAAUGUGACGGACUUUUGGCGCUGCUCAGAGGUAUUCGAUGUAAAAAGUGA